ACUUCCUGUCAUGUUGACUCAGGAAGCAAAACACGGCAGCGUGGAAAGUGAAAGCAGAUCCAGGAAGAGCUCAGCAGAGCCGAGGCCGGAGCCAAGAAAAUCAUCAUUGUUCUGUUUAAGAAGAGGAGGAGGAGGGGGGGGGAUCAGCUUUGACGGCACACAAGUAGCCGAACAGGAAAGGUGAACCGUGGAUGAGGAUCUGAGAACGUUUGGAGAACUUGCAGGAAGUGCAACCCCAAAAUAAGUCCUACCUAGACAGAACUGGUGGAUUAGAUCCUGAAAAUAUUUCUGGGAGGGUGGGGGACACCGAUACGGCAGCCUAUGAACUGACCGCUUGACUGUAGUCAUAGGAUAGAAGUUUCCGCCAUGGCCAGCGCAGCGGAAGAAACCUCGCAGCUCCCUUACGACGACACCUGCGACGCCUGUGAGCCCGACGAGGCCAAGGAGGCGGCUGUCAUCUGCAACGACUGUCACUUUUCUUACUGCGACGCGCACGCCUCCGAACACGGGAAGAAAUACCCGGCCCACAGGGUCAGAGACUUUUCGGCACCGUCUCCAGAGGAAGAGGCCACUACUCCUGCCAAGGAACCGGAGACUAAAACCAAGCCGGGGGCGAAAACCUGUCCCGUACACAAGCAGGAGCUGAGUCUGUACUGCAAGGACGACUCGAAGAUUAUCUGCGUCUUGUGCGCGGUGGCCGGGGACCACCGACAACACCAGCUCGUCACACUCAACGAGGCCUACCAGGAAAUGAAGAAAAGAAAACCAGUUGACCUGAAGCUCGCCAUGGGUGAUAUGGUGGAGAAGUUAAAGGAGAAGUGCGCCAACUCUAAAAUCACGCGGAGUGAGCUGAAGCUUUUUAUACAGAAAGAGUUUGAAUACAUGAAGAAGUUGGUACACGAGGAGGAGAAGAAGGCCUUGCACUUCGUCGACCUUAAGGAAGCUGUGGCCUCGGCUCACGUGACUGAGGUCUUGGCCGAACUCAACGUUCACAUGUGCAAACUGAUGGCUGAAAUGGCUGAGAUCACCCAACAGCUCAACAGCUUUAACCAACUGGUAAUGGAAAAACCUGAGAAUCCAGAAGAGGACGGGGUUGAAGAGACUGCGGCUGAUUCAGCAGCUGAAGAAUGCUCUCAUACAAGAUUUCGUAGCCCCCCUCCAGGCAAUGGACCGUGGUGAAGGGCAGCGGGCCACACUGCAGACACAUCAGUAGGAGAUGGAGUCUCUUCUUGGACAUCUUCGCAUGCUUCGAUCUCCUGCUUCUACAGUGUUACAGAAGAUUAGACCUCCUUCUCGUGGACUUUUAUAUCCAAGCCUCGGAGAACUCCUAAAAAAAUCCUAAAAAAAUCCUACUGUGAACUCCUAAGGGCUGGAAUUAUUCUUCUGCAACUAAAUCGUGUUCACUUUAUUAGAUAAAACAUUUUUUGUAUAUGAUAAAAAAAAAAAAAACUCAUAGGGGUCGUCCGUCCCGACAUAUUUUUUAAAUUACGGGCUCAAGCUGGCUUAAAGGGGUCCUCCAGUUUAGAAAAAUGUAUCCCCUUCCUAAUGGAUAGGGGAUAAGUGUCUGAUCGUGGGGGGUCCGACUGCUGCCCAUGCCCUGGGCAUGGAGAGAGCUGGGGCGUCGGGCAGGAGAUCGCGGGGAGUCCCAGUGGUCGGGCCCCUCGCGAUCGGGCAUUUAUCCUCUAUCCUUUACAUAAUUUUUCUAAACUGGACUAAUCUUUUAAAUUAAAUACUCACCUACCCGAUCCCCCACUGCUGCCGUCCCAAUGGUGUCCAGUUCUGGCUCAACUUCCUUCUGUUGUCUUCUCUACACAAAGGAAGUACCUGUUAGGCCCAUCAUUGCCCGAGGUGGGUCACCGGUAGGUGAAGGUUCAUUUUGUGUCGAAAAUGAAAGCUGUAAGUGCUGCUCAUCCUGGACCAAGCACCGUUGGGACGGCAGCAGUGGGAAUACUGGGAAGGUGAGUAUACCUUCUUUUUAAGUAUUUUAAACCAACCUCAACUCAUAAAUCAACAUUCUGCAAGGCCUGAGGAACCCCUUUGUUCUCUGAUAUUCUUUGCAUAUUUCCAGAAACAGUGCCACCCUUUUUCCAUGGGCUAUUCCUGGUAUUGCAGUCAAUUGAGCUGAGCUGUGAUACCAGACAGAGCCCGUGGACAAAAGGACUGCUGUUUCUUUGGGAAAAAAAUAUAAAUACAUAAUAAUUAUAAUAAUAUGAAAAAAUGACAAUAGGGUGAGGGGUUGUGGGGCAUUAUAUAAAACAUAGGACAAUGGUUUGAAGGGGUAUUCUUCAUAUAAAGUUGAUUGGUGGGGGCGAAAGCUGGGGACCUCCCCAAUGCUGAAAAUGUCCUCUAAAUGAAAAGGGCAGCAGUGCGCAUGUGUGACCGGUGCUCCAUUCAUUCUCUAUGGGGCUUCCGAAAAUUGUCUAGCUCAGCGCUUUGUGCUCCAUUCAUUCUCUAUGGGGCUUCUGGACAUUGUCCAGCUCAGCGAUCUGUCCUCCAUUCACAUUCACUCUGUGUUCUCUGAAUGAAUGGGGCAGCAGUGCGCAUGUGUGACCGGUGCUCCAUUCAUUCUCUAUGGGGCUUCCGAAAAUUGUCUAGCUCAGCGCUUUGUGCUCCAUUCAUUCUCUAUGGGGCUUCUGGACAUUGUCCAGCUCAGCGAUCUGUCCUCCAUUCACAUUCACUCUGUGUUCUUGUGAUAGCUGUCAGACCCCCACCAAUCUGCUACUUAUCCUCCUAGUCCAGUGUUUCCCAACCAGAGUGCUGAGCUGUGAUACCCGACAAAGCCCAUGGACAAAAGGGGUGCUGUUUCUUUGGGAGAAAAAAUAUAAAUAAAUAAUAAUUCUAAUAAUUGUAUUAAAAACUGACAAUAGGGUGAGGGGUUGUGGGGCAUUAUACAUAACAUAGGACAAUGGUUGUGGGGCAUUAUACAUAACAUAGGACAACAAGCUCAGCGCUCUGUGCUCCAUUCUUUCUCUAUGGGGCUUCUGGACAUUGUCAAGCUCAGCGCUCUGUCCUCCAUUCACAUUCACUCUGUUCUCUGAAUGAAUGAGGCAGCAGUGCACAUGUGUGACUGGUGCUCCAUUCAUUCUCUAUGGGGCUUCCAAACAUUGUCCAGCUCAGCGCUCUGUGCUCCAUUCAUUCUCUAUGGGGCGUCUGGACAUUGUCCAGCUCAGCGCUCUGUGCUCCAUUCAUUCUCUAUGGGGCUUCCAAACAUUGUCCAGCUCAGCGCUCUGUGCUCCAUUCAUUCUCUAUGGAGCCUCUGGACAUUGUCCAGCUCAGCACUCUGUGCUUCAUUCACAUUCACUCUGUGUUCUCGUGAUAGCAUUCGGACACCCACCAAUCUGCUACUUAUCCUCCUAGUCCAGUGUUUCCCAACCAGAGUGCCUCCAGCUGUAGCAAAACUACAACUCCCAGAAUGCCCGGACAGCCAAAGGCUGUCCGGGCAUGCUGAGAGGUGUAGUUUUGCAACAGCUGGAGGCACACUGGUUAAGAAACACUGCCCCCUGUGGGUAGGCGGAUAUGUUUCUCAACUUGUUUCUCAACUAGACACUGUGUUAUAGCAUCUGCAGACAUGACCUCCCACCAUGUGCAGUGCGCCUGUAAUUAACAUACAGAGACCAAUAAAUCCUAUAGUGUCGUA